AUGACCAGUAAAGAGUAUGAUAUCGUUGUCGUGGGAUCUGGAGCAAGCGGGCUUUCCUCUGCCGUUCGUGCACACGAUUUAGGGUUACGUGUCGUUGUUCUUGAGGCAUACAGCAAGGUUGGGGGUUCAACGGCCUUCUCAGCAGGGCAAGUUUGGGCGGGAAUGAAUCAUUUAAUGAUCCGCGAAGGGUUCAAAGAUAGCUUCGAAGAGACACGUGCAUACGUCAAGGCGCUCAACGAUGAACCGAGCAAGCUUGAUGAGCAGGCGAUGGACCAGUGGAUUACUGAGGCACCAAGAGUUUUGGAACAUCUGGAACAAUGUCAAGCUAUGCGGUGGCAGAUCAUUCGUGACUUCCCAGACUAUUACUACCCUGAAGUGAUAGGAUCAAAGGCUGAAGGGCGGUAUCUGGCUGCUGCGCCCAUUAACGGUGCUGAGUUGGGUGAAUGGCGGUCCAAAAUCCUGUACAGCCCGCACCAUCCUCCCGGUCCCACAUAUGGUGAAAUGUUUAGCCUCAGCGGUAAGAUCAAGGAACUCGAUGAUUUGAUUGCUCAACGCCAAGCUGAGGAUAUCAUGACCAUGGGUACUGGUGUGGCAGCGCACUUGCUGGUCGCACUAGUUCGUCGGAAGGUGAGAAUUUUGACAAGCCAUCGCGCAACUAAGUUGAUCAGGAACAACGGCACUGUUAUUGGAGUAGAAUGUGAAACUCCUGGUGGCAAAGGAAAAUUUUUGGGCGAAGUGGUUCUGGCAACGGGAUCUUACGACUGGAACUUUGACCUCGUUAAGGAGUACUCGGGAAUGGAACGAGAACGGACUGGAUCCGUGGCGCCGCCGGGAAUCCGUGGCGACGGGCACUUGAUGGCUCGAGAGAUCGGGGCUGAAGUGGUCGUGAUGCCUGUCGAGAGGGCAAUGCACAUCCCAGGCUACCUUAUGGGCAUGUCUACGAGCCAGGACGACUAUGGCUUCAGAUAUGGAGCGUCAACAAUGGGAUUUCCGCAUUCGAUAUUUGUUGAUUCAACAGGCAGGCGCUUCUGCGACGACUCCUACUAUCGCUCCGUAGUAACUGCAAUUGCUACAGGAAAGGGUUCCAAUCCAUUCUACUUGAUAUGGGACGAAGAUCAUCAUCAGAAGUACGGACUGCCUCCGGUUGCACCUGGCCAGCCGUAUCCGGAACAGAUGAACGUGGUGUCAGCGCCAACUUUGCGUGAGCUAGCUGUAAAGCUCAAUAUAGAUUCGGAUGUCUUUCUUGACACGAUCAAGCGCUUCAACCUCAAUGCAAGAGAAGGUAAAGAUCCGGAUUUCAGACGGGGCGAGAACGACUGGGCGAGGAAGUUCCUGGGCGACCCGGCCCAUAAGCCAAGCGCGUUACUGGGACCUAUCGAGCGUGGACCGUUCUUUGGUAUGAACUGGCGUAUCGUAAAUACUGGUAUCGGAAACGCAGGAGUGAAAACGGGACUAAGCGGCCAGGUGCUGGAUACAAAGGGCAAAACUAUUCCCGGACUGUAUGCUGUUGGCGUCGUGUCUUCUCCUACGAUGGUGGGAACAGGCUACAACAGUGGCUUUAGCGUCUGUCGCGGGCUUGUGUAUGGUUAUCUUGCGGCCGAGCACAUAUUGAGCAAGAAAAAUAACACGUCGAAGAUUUAG